ACAGCUUAGAAUGAUUCAUUAAAUCUUGUUAUCAGCAUGUUAAACAUUACCGGACAUCACAUACAAAAGACUGCGUGCGGGUUUAGGCAUCAAUUUCCAGCAGAGUCUGCCUCAGUACAUCUGGUCUGCCCUUCUGCUGCACAGACAUGGCUUUUGGGGACCUCUUGGAGAUGGUUGGAGACCUGGGGAAGUUCCAAGCCAUCCACAUUGCCCUACUGUCAUUUCCGGCCAUGUUCACAGCCUGUCACAAUCUGCUCCAGAACUUCGUGGCUGCUGUUCCCGACCACCGGUGCAGGGUGCAGCUGGGAGAUGAGGGCUUGAGGUACCUCAACGUGACGGAGGAGCCACUGAGGGAGGAGUUUCUCCGGGUGUUCCUGCCCCUGGACGAGGAAGGGAGGCCGGACAAGUGCCGCAUGUACACCUCCCCACAGUGGCAUCUCCUGGGCACCAACGAGACACAGGGCAACGGGAGCCAACCUGACACACAGGCGUGCACCGAUGGGUGGGUGUACGACCGCUCCCAGUUCACGUCGACGAUCGUGACAGAGUGGGACCUCGUGUGUGAUCGGAAGUCUCUGAAGCGGAUGGUGCAGUCGAUCUACAUGGCCGGACUGCUGAUCGGAGCCUGUGUCCUGGGCAGACUGUCCGACAAGUUUGGCCGUCGGACCCUGCUGCAAUGGUCGUACUUGCUGCUCGCCGUGUCGGGGACGUGUGCAGCGUUCUCCUCCUCCUUCCCGCUCUUCUGCUUCUGGAGAUUUCUGUCGGGGGUCAGUUUGUCAGGCGUCAUCAUGAACAGCGUAUCUCUCAAGGUUGAAUGGACACCGACCAGAUUUCGACCUCCUGUUGCCAUGUGUGGUUCCUUCUGUUACACGUUUGGUCAGGUCUUACUGCCCGGGAUCGCCUACGGCAUCAAAGAUUGGUGUUGGAUACAGCUCUCGGUCUCCGUCCCAUUCUUUGUCUUCUUCCUUUAUUCCUGGUGGCUCUCGGAGUCGGCCCGAUGGCUCAUCGUGAACGGCAAGGAACACGUUGCUCUGAAGCAGCUGAAGAGGGCGGCGAAGGUGAAUGGCCGGGAGGCAGAAGGGGAGAGGCUCACUGUUGAAAUUCUGAAGGCGAGUGUGGAGAAUGACCAGCUCACUGCCAAGAAGCAGAGUGUGUUGGAUCUGUUCCGGACACCAGUGAUGCGACGGAUCACCUGUUGUAUGAUGGUGGUUUGGUUUUCAACGAGCUUCGCCUAUUAUGGGCUGUCGAUCGACCUGCAAGGGUUCGGAGUCGACAUCUACCUCAUCCAGCUCAUCUUUGGAGCCGUUGAUUUUCCGGCAAAGAUCACGGCCUUCCUGACGCUGAGCCUGAUCGGGAGAAGAAUCACACAGGGCACCUCACUUAUCCUGGCCGGGUCCGUAGUGCUGGCAAUCGCCGUUCUUCCAAAAGAGCUGCAGACUGUCCGGACUUCGCUCGCUGCCUUUGGUAAGGGAUGUCUCUCAGCUGCCUUCACCUGCUGCUUCCUUUAUGCCAAUGAACUUUAUCCAACGGUGGUCCGGCAGACGGGAAUUGGGCUCAUAGGUACCAUGGCCCGGUUGGGCGCAAUGGUGGCGCCCAUUGUAAGAAUGACUGGCGAUUACAUCCCCUUUUUGCCAUCUCUGAUAUAUGGCGGAGCGACUGUAAUCACAGGAUUAACUGCCUUCUUGCUUCUGGAGACACGGAACAUGCCGUUACCGGAAACGAUCGACGAUGUAGAGAACAGCAAGAAGAGCUCUAAAAGGGUCAGCAAAUUACGGAAUGAAGAUGUCCCACUGCAGGACGCUCAAGCAUCGCUCAUGAAACAGACGGUUUAAGCACAUCCGAUGCCCUGUCCAGACCCGCCGCACCCUGUGGCCACUUGAAGACAGGUCGGCCAUGAUGGUAUUGACAGGACAGGCUGGAUGGACCGAAUGGACAGUUCCUCCUUCAGUUUCUGGUGUUGUGAUGUGGAUGUGCACAGUGACUCUCUCACAAAACAAUCAAUAAAGUGAACUGAAGCUCCAA